AUGCCCAAAUUUAAAACCUUCACAACAAACACAACCCAUGAAAAAUUAGACAAGUACCAAGAACAUGAUGAAUAUGAGUCCUUCGCCGAAUCUUCACGGCGGCGCGUGCUCGACCCGCGCUGCAUGUGGGUCCAGCGGUGGAAUCGCGUGGUUCUGCUGGCGCGUGCGACCUCGGUGGCGAUUGACCCGCUCUUCUUUUACGUCAUUUUUCUCACCAAAGCUGGCCCGCCCUGCUUCUACCGGGAUACGGCCGUUGCCGCCGUAGUCACUGCCGUGCGCACGUGCGUGGACAUGGUGCACGUCUGCCACGUGUGGAUGCAGUUCCGUCUGGCGUUCAUUUCGACGGCGUCGUUGGUGGUCGGAAGUGGAAGCCUCGUGUGGGAUGCACGUGCCAUUACUUCUCACUAUUUGAGGUCCUUCAGAGGCUUCUGGCUCGAUUUGUUUGUCAUUAUUCCCAUUCCUCAGGUUGUGACAUGGUUGAUUUUGCCAAAACUAUUGAGAGAAGAAGAGAUAAAAAAGAUGAUGAGAGUGGUACUAUUGAGCUACCUAUUUCAGUUCCUUCCAAAGCUUUACCACAGCAUUUACUUGAUGAAGAAGCUCCAAAAAGUCACUGGCUUUAUCUUUGGCAGCAUUUGGUGGCGCUUUAACCUCAAUAUCUUUGCCUAUUUGAUUGCCUCUCAUGUUGUAGGUGGAUGCUGGUAUCUCCUUGCAACCCAACGACUAAUCUCGUGCCUCGAACAAAAAUGCGAGAGACGAAAAACGUGCAAAAUGGCAUUGUCUUGCUCCAUAUCUGGCUACAAGGGGGCUGGCAAUUUUGGAGCUUCCCAUGGUAAUAACUUGACAAAGAUCAAGUCCUUAUGCUUGGAGGUCAAUGGACCCUUUAGCUAUGGAAUUUAUGAGCCUAUUCUUUUGGUAUUCUCUAGCAACUCUCUAGCUGUUAGAAUUCUUUAUCCUGUCUUCUGGGGUUUAUUGAACCUAAGUUCCUUUGGCAAUGAACUUGAUCCCACAUGUGAUUUGGUCGAAGUGAUAUUCAGUAGCUGCAUCACACUUGGGGGAUUGAUGCUGUUUGUUACCUUAAUUGGAAAUAUACAGAUUUUCUUGCAAACUGUUAUGGCAAGUAAGGAGAAUAUGCAAAUACGGUUUCGAGAUAUGAAAUGGUGGAUGAAGAGGAGACAAUUGCCAGUUCAUUUGAGGGAAAGGGUUCGUAAUUUUGAAUAUCAAAGGUGGGUAACCAUGGGAGGGUUAGACGAGACCGAACUCAUCAGGGGGUUGCCCGAUGGCCUUCGUCGAGACAUCAAACGUUACCUUUGUUUAGACCUUGUUAAGAAGGUACCUUUCUUUCACAUGCUCGAUGAUCUCAUACUCGAUAAUAUUUGUGAUCGCGUUAAACCUCUCCUAUAUGCGGAAGGUGAAAAGAUAGUAAGGGAGGGAGACCCUGUACAAAAGAUGGUGUUCAUUAUUGAAGGAUGCGUGGAGCGUAGCCAGGGAUGGCUAAGCAAAGGCUUUGUAUGCACCAGUUGGCUCAACUCCGGUGGCUUUUUCGGCGAGGAGCUACUGUCGUGGUGUCUCCGAUUUCGACGCCAUCCAUAUUUCGACAAGCUUCCAUCCUCAUUGGCAACAUUUACAUGCUUACAACCAGUCGAAGCAUACGGCCUCGAUGCACCCGAUCUUAAGUACAUUACCAAACACUUUCAUUACAUGUUUGCAAGUGAAAAGCUCAAGCAAACUAUGCGUUAUUACUCUUCAAAUUGGCGAACAUGGGGAGCUGUGAUCAUUCAGUUUUCAUGGCGUCGUCAUCGGAUACGAACUCGAGGUUACACGGCACAAAACCGAACCACGGUAGACAAUCGAUUAAGGCAGUAUGCUGCAGUUUUCUUGUCGCUGAAGCCAAACGAUCAUCUCGAGUAG